AUGACCACCCCAGCACCACCUCCCGCCACAGCCCCUCCCUCAGAGCGCAAGGCCUUCCUCACGGCUAACCCACCCCCACCACCGAUCCCGGCCUACCUCCCCGUCGGCGACGGCCUCACCCCCCUCAAAGUCGACCGGGACCUCUACUCGCGCAUCCAAUCCGCGCCGCGCAAACUCCUACAAACCCACGACCUCCCGAUCCGCAGCGGCCUCGCCUGGUCGGCCCCCGCCGGCAGCAUCAUCCGGCUCUCCACGCCCGAGGGCCCGCAAGUCGCGGAUCUCAACCUGUGGAAUCUGCGGAAUCCCAGGGAGCGGUUCUGGGCGAGUCGCUCGCGGCAGCUGCACCAGAGCCACGUGUCCGUGGGGGAUCGGCUGUGGAGUUGUCUGCCGUAUAUGCGUCCCCUGGCGACGAUCGUGGCGGAUUCUUUGGGCUGGUACGGCGUUGAUGGACGGGGGGGCAGGUGUCAUGAUCUGUUGGGGACGAGGUGUGAUCCGUAUAUCAAUGUGUUGCUGAGUGGGGAGCAGGGGAGCUAUGAUUAUCACUGUCACAGUAAUUUGGUGAGGGCGGUGGCGCCCUGGGGGCUGGGGGAGGGGGAUGUGCAUGAUGUGAUAAAUCUGUUUCAGGUGACGGGGUUGGACGAGGAGGGGAAGUAUUUCAUGCAGCCGAGUCCGGCGCAGAAGGGGGAUUAUGUCGAGUUGUUGGCGGAGACGGAUUUGUUGUGCGCGUUGAGUACGUGUCCUGGAGGGGAUUUGAGUGUGUGGGGGUUUGGGAGGGAUGAGGAGAUGAGGGGGGUUUGUAGGCCGUUGAGGGUCGAGGUGUUUGUGUUGGAAGAUGAGGGGUUGUUGGAGAGGGAGGGCUGGAGGGAGAGUGUCGUCAGUGGGUAUAAGGGGAUGCAUGGCAUGAAGGUGCCGUCUGGGGAGGGGCGGGACUGA